AUGCGUUUCUCCGUCGCCGCUAUCUUCUCGGUCGUCGCCGCUCUGGCUUCUGCUCACCGCGACCCCGACUACUCUCAGGCCCCCACUGGCAAUGCCAUCUACACUCCCGGCCUGAACCAGCAGGUCGAGGCUGGCCAGAACUUCGUCAUCACUUGGGAUCCUACCACCAAGGGCCCCGUCUCCUUGGUCCUCAUGCGUGGCCCCAGCACCAACGUCGUCCCCAUCGACACCAUCGCUGAGCAGAUCCCCAACUCUGGCCGCUUCGAAUGGACUCCCAGCACCUCGCUCGAGGACGACGUCACCCACUACGGUCUCUUGCUCAUUGACGAGGGUACCGGUCAGUACCAGUACUCCACUCAGUUCGGUGUCAAGAACCCCAACCAGGCUGUUUCUUCUUCUUCUUCCUCUUCUUCGACUUCUACUUCUUCUACCACUGCCAAGGCCGCUGCUACCACCGCUCCUGCCGCUGUUACGACCCACGGUGCCUACUCCACCAAGUAUGAGACCUUUACCACGACCAUCUGCCCUGAGGGCGCUGUUCACCCUACCGGCAAGCCUGCUUCUUCCAGCAUUCCUCUGAUCGGUACCGGCCGUGUUCCCGGUGUCUCUCCCAGCAACACUCCCGUCCGCCCGGGCCAGCCUAACAAGCCCACCACUCUGGCCAGCUCGUCCGUGCCCUCCGGCACUCCUUCCUCGACUGGCCCCUCGAACCCCCUCUUCACCGGUGCCGCUGACCGCAACGUUAUCAGCUUCGGUGCCGUUGCUGCCGGUGUUCUGGCCGUUCUUGCUUUCUAA